AUCAGCAUUCAGCAGGAGCCAGGAACCCGCAAGGCGGCAACACCCUAGUUCACCCUCAUUUUCCCCUUUACUUCCCGCCAUCGAAGCCGUUCACUUUUCGCCGCCGCUUGGGGCUCCCGCUGCGUGCUGCGCCGGCGAUGGAGAUGGAGGACAUGGAGAUGCCAGAUCCGGAGGAGCUCGAGUGGAUGGAGAGCCACGGCCUUCUCCCGGAAGAAGAGGAGGACACCUACUUCGACGACCCCGACGAGGGCUUCCUCCCGGCCGCUGACGACGCGAGCAAACCUCGCGACCCCCCGCAGGAGGCCGCCGUAUCCCCUGCAAAGCCAGCAGAGGAAGUGUCGGAGCCCAAUCUGAAGCGGCCUUCCCCUCCGCCUCCAGUGGAGCAGGAGGAGGAGAGGAGAAAGCGGAGGAAUGUAGAUCGGGAGGAUUCGGUGGACGAAGACUGGCUGCGGUACUCGCCCCCUACCGCCGUUGAAAUCGUCGCCGAGAAGAUAGUUUCGCGUUUCGCGUCGGAGAUCCAGGGUGACUGUAUGCCCGUCACAGCGCCCAACGGAGAGAGGGUUUAUGCUAAGCUUGUGACGGAGAAAUUGGUUAGCGAAGUAAUCGAGGGGUCUAGGCGAAGGACUCCAAUUUCCAAUCCCAACCACAAGGGGCUUCUCUCAGAAUCCUUUCAUUCACUAACUAUGCGAGCAGAGCAAGAGGCUCUAGCCAAGGCCUUGCUGGAAAGCACAGAGAAACAGGAUAUUGGAGAUGUCGAGGGUUGUCCAGUGACUCCAGUAGUUACAGAACAACUUUGGGUGGAGAAAUACGCACCACACUCUUUCACUGAGCUUUUAAGUGACGAGCACACAAACAGGGAGGUUCUUCUAUGGCUAAAACAAUGGGACUCCUGUGUGUUUGGGUCCCAUAUUCGGGCUACAAGUGAUGAUACUUUAUCCGCCUUACGUCGGCAUUCUUGUGCCAUUCAAAAGAAUUCAAGUAACAGAAGUUUCUUGUCCAAGAGCAGGGCAGGCUAUGCCAUGGGUCAAGAUAGUAUGCCCCAAAAUGCACCUGGUAGCAACUCAGAAAAUCCGAGAAGUACCUUUAACAAAAGGUCCUCUGUUGAUAAUGCACCAGAACAGAAGGUGUUGCUACUAUGUGGUCCAGCUGGCCUCGGAAAGACGACGCUUGCUCAUGUGGCGGCCAAACAUUGUGGUUACCAUGUUGUUGAGAUAAAUGCCAGUGAUGAUCGUUCUGCUUCAUCCAUUGAACCAAAAAUUCUUGAUGUAGUUCAGAUGAACUCUAUCAUGUCAGAUUCCAAACCUAAGUGUCUGGUAAUUGAUGAAAUUGAUGGAGCGCUUGGUGAUGGAAAAGGCGCCGUGGAGGUUAUUUUGAAGAUGAUCAAUGCUGAAAAGAACAAUAAUUCUGACAGAAGCACUGGUGGCGAAGAAACUCAAGUCCAAAAAUCUUCCUCAAGGAAAGGUCAUAGAAUAGCAAAACUAUUGAGGCCUGUAAUUUGUAUAUGCAAUGAUCUUUAUGCUCCAGCCUUGAGAAAACUACGCCAAGUAGCCAAGGUUCAUAUUUUCGUGCAGCCAACAAUUAGUCGUGUGGUGAACAGGCUCAAGUACAUAUGCAAGAAGGAAGGAUUCAAGACAAGUUCAAUUGCCCUUUCUGCAUUAGCAGAUUAUACUGAAUGUGACAUUCGAUCAUGCCUGAACACACUUCAAUUUCUGAACAAGAAGAGAGAGGCACUAAACAUCUCAGGGUUUGAAUCACAAGUCAUUGGACGGAAGGACAUGUCAAAAAGCAUCCUUGAUGUUUGGAAACAGGUUCUUCAAAAGAAAAAACUCAAGCGGGCAGAAAUGGCUGAUAGUCACGUCAGCAGUGACAAGGACAUUGGUUCUCUUUUCUCACUCAUAUCUAACCGUGGUGACUAUGAUGUUACCAUGGAUGGGAUUCAUGAAAACUUCUUAAGACUCUCUUAUCAUGAUCCAAUGUUGCAUAAGACGGUGAAAUGCCUUGAUGUACUUGGAGUUUCUGAUUCUAUGAUGCAGUAUGUUUUUCGAACUCAGCACAUGUCACUCCAAGUGUAUCAACCUCCUAUUGCCAUCACUAUAAGCCGUAUGGUUGCUCAAGUUGAGAAGCCGAAUAUUGAAUGGCCAAAAGCUUUGCAAAGGUGCCGAACAAUGCUUUUGGAAAAGAAGGACAGUCUGAAGACCUGGCAAAACCGAAUGUCGCCACUCAUUUCAAGGCACCUGUCAGUGGAAUCUUUUGUCAAAGACAUUGCUUCCCCCUUUUUACAUAUUCUCUCCCCUUUGAGUUUGAGACCAGUGGCACUGAAUUUGCUGUCGGAGAGGGAGAAAGAUGAUCUGCUGCAGCUGGUUGAUACCAUGGUUUCUUACUCGGUCACAUACAAAAACACAAAGUUUGAACCUCAAGAAAGGACACAUGGAUCUAUUGUGUCUGCUGAUGUUCCUUUACUUUCUCUCGAUCCUCCACUCAAUGAUAUUAUAAGCUUUAAGGAGUAUCAAUCCGAGCACAUUGGUCUCUCUUUGGCCAUGAAACAGGUGUUGGUGCACGAGGUAGAGAAGCAGAAGAUCAUCAAAGAUAGUGCUGGAAAAUUGUUGAACCAAACUAAUGGAGUUAGGAGUGAAAUUCCAACAACUUCAAGCCACAAAGCAGCAGCUAGUACAAAUGUUUCUGCAUUGGAUUCUUCCAAAACGCGCAACCUAGCUACACUUCCAAUGCAAUUAAACUCAGGCUCUAGUUUGAGUGUUAAAGAUCCUACGCCUGCAAAGAAACACUCAAGUCGUCCAACUGAUUUCUUUCAUAGUUUCAGGAAAGAAAGACCGGUGGGUGCAAAGCCUCGUAAUGAUGCCGCGCAGCAAAGAGCAACAACACAGAGGGAUUUACGUCCACUGAUCUUCAAAUACAACGAGGGCUUCACAAAUGCGGUAAAAAGACCAGUGAGAGUCCGUGACCUUCUGCUCUAGCUAGGUCCAUUUGGUUUCCUGCACUUUAUGUCUUGUAUAUUACUCCCUCCAUUCCAUAAUAUAAGUCAUACUAGACCAGACUUUGAUCACAAAUUAUUUUGUUAAUAUGUGGUUUAUAUGCCAUGAUAUUGGUAUAUAACUAGUUUCUUUUUCCAAAAUAAGUAGUAAUACUCGUGACUUCAUAUCUUAUGAGACAUAUACUAAUGGAGUAAUUCUUGGUCAAAGUUGUCUUAACGAAACUAGAUGUCUUAUGAGACAUCUUAUAAUAUGAAGCUGAGGGAGUAAUUGUGUCA